UCGACAGACAGAGGCGUGGAUGUUACCUUUUUUUUGUUGUUCUACCUGCACCUGGAACUACAUGUAAAGUACUUAAAAUGUCGUCAAAACAGAGUGAGCUUAGUGGGAAUGUCAGUGUACUCCUUCAAUGUUCCGUGCUGAGAAGCCUGGUUGUGUGGAGAUAAGGAAAUUGUUACCUGGGGAACGUGAGAACAAGUAAAAACAUUCGUUUCUGCAUUAACAUAAGAAACAAAAAAAUACCUGAAAGUGAUCUCAUCUGACUCCUCGCGUUCUUGCCUUUCAUUUUGUUGUACCCACGUUGGGAAUACUGCAGUGCUUUUGUGAGUGAAGAGGAUCUGUAAAAGAUAAUGGAUUCAAAAGGAUCUGACAUUUUGAUUGCUAAGGUUUUACAGAACUGCAGCAGGCUUUACCUCAGGAAAGGGUGAAAGGUGUUGAUAGUGAUAUGCAUAUUGCUGGCCACCUUGCCGUUUAAUGGCUUUCAAUUAUCUUCUGAUGAUCAUGCACAGAAACUUUCGAAGGUGGAUUUUAUAUGUGUUUUUGUGUUUUGGAAUCAUAUACGUUAAACUAGGAGCCCUAUCCUCCGUGGUGGCUUUAGGUGCCAACAUCAUCUGCAAUAAGAUCCCUGGCCUGGCCCCUCGACAGCGGGCAAUCUGCCAGAGCCGGCCUGAUGCCAUCAUCGUGAUCGGGGAAGGUGCGCAGCUGGGCAUCAAUGAGUGUCAGUACCAGUUCCGAUACGGCCGGUGGAACUGCUCCGCACUGGGAGAGAAGACAGUGUUCGGACAGGAGCUACGAGUAGGCAGCAGGGAAGCAGCAUUCACAUACGCAAUUACGGCGGCUGGAGUGGCACAUGCUGUCACAGCUGCCUGUAGCCAGGGUAACCUCAGCAACUGUGGCUGUGACAGGGAGAAGCAGGGCUACUACAACCAGGAGGAGGGCUGGAAGUGGGGCGGCUGCUCGGCAGACAUCAAAUAUGGCAUUGAGUUCUCCCGAAGGUUCGUAGACGCCCGAGAGAUUAAAAAAAACGCAAGGAGGCUGAUGAACCUGCAUAACAAUGAAGCAGGAAGAAAGAUUCUUGAAGAGAGGAUGAAACUGGAAUGCAAAUGCCACGGUGUUUCGGGUUCGUGCACAACUAAGACUUGCUGGACGACGCUGCCAAAAUUCCGGGAGAUUGGAUAUAUCUUAAAGGAUAAAUACAACGAGGCGGUGCACGUGGAGGUUGUGCGGGCCAGUCGCCUUCGUCAGCCCACGUUCCUCAAAGUGAAGAAGACCCGGAGCUACCGCAAACCCAUGGAGACGGAUCUAGUGUACAUCGAGAGGUCGCCUAACUACUGCGAAGAGGAUGCCAGCACUGGAAGUGUGGGAACCCAGGGACGUCUUUGCAAUCGCACCUCGCCUCACACGGACGGCUGUGACUUGAUGUGUUGCGGACGGGGUUACAACACACACCAGUAUACCAAAGUGUGGCAGUGCAACUGCAAAUUCCAGUGGUGCUGCUUUGUGAAGUGCAACACGUGUAGUGAGAGGACGGAGGUGUUCACCUGCAAGUGAGGCGGUGGGGGGACGACGACUUCACACAACACAUCAUUUCAGACCCAGAAAAAAAGAAAUAAGUGGAAUAUAACAACUCUUCACCGUAUCACUUUGCACAGCGACUUCUCUAUUUGUGGAAAAAAUGAACAAAUAAAUAAACAGAAAGUGGGUGGGACGACCCCUCCACCCCUUUUGUUAGGAUGAUGUAUUUUGAUGCACUGAUGUGUCCACACUGACUAGAGAUGCGUGAUGUAUUUUGAUGCACGGAUGUGUCCACACUGAUUGGAGAUGCAAUGGUAGGAUACAAAUGGUGUCGGAGCACGUUUUUACAGUGCGCUCUGGGAGUUGUAGUUCACUACUUUCACACAAAGUUCCAUGUUUGUCAAAGAAACAGUAAUAGGCUCAACUACAACUCCCAGAAUGUAAAGAACCAUGACAAUUGCUGCGUAUUUUAUAGAACACAACUAAAUGACUUUAACGAUUCCUUAGUAUUAUGAUGACUCUUUUAGUCUAACAAACUUUGUAAGGUUAAUUGGGCAAAACAUAUCUUUAAAAAAAUGCACCAACUGGAAAACCUGGAGCUAUGUAAAAAUGAAGAAAGCUUCUUUAGCUUUGUGCCUCUGAGAGCAUUGAGGGCAGAAAUUCACACAAAUGUAAAAUAACCUUUAAUUCUUCUCCUGUCAGUUGGAGAAUGGCAGAACAUGUUAGCUGUCCAGUCACACUGGAACUGUUUGUUUGAACACUGAAAAUAAAUUGUUUAUUUAUGUUAUAGUAUCUUAAAAACAAAGCACUAACGGGUAGAGAUGUCUUAUUUUGUACUAAAUGUAAGAAAAAAAAAAAAAAACUUUUUAGAAACUCUGACUUACAGUGCUUAUCUUUUUGGAAUCCCUGACAUUUUUAUUGCUACUGAUUUGCUGACAUUUAAAAAAGACAAACAAAAAAACAUACAAAUAAAAUGCUAAUAUAUAUAUAUAUAUAUAAACAGUACAACCUCCGAGUUACAAACCCCUUGGGAAUGUUCGUAAGUCUGAAAUGCCCAUAACGCUGAAAAUUUGUUUUCAUGAUUUUAUAAUAAAGGUGUACACCUGCUAUCUACACCCUCAAUCUGAAUAAUAAUACAAGGGUACAGCACAGUAAAGCAAUACUCAUAUUGUUAUGGUCUUUAAAAAGGUACUACAAAUGGAAAAAGGCUAAAUUGAAGUUACCAUUGAAAUCGUAACUGUAGCAAAAACACAGAUUUAAACGUCUACACGAAUGCUUGUUUUUAAACAAAAUGCAUUCGUGUAGCUUGCUCAGUCAUUUGAAAAAAAAAAAACUGUGUUUUGUUUAAAACUAAAAUGCUCCCAGUAAAAUUGCCCGUACUUGCUUUGAAAUCUGCCUCACCUUUCUGAAUACAUUUGUUGGUACAGUAAUUUUGCCUUCUCCAUGAACAAUACGCUGCUUAUGUAGGAGCGCCUAUCUGGUUGCAUUGCACGCAUGAUUGAGUGACUGCAUACUUCCGGUUGAAAGAGGGGGUCCGGUAGACUGGUCAUUUCGUAAGUUUGGUGUUCGUAACUCUGGGGUUCUACUGUGUGUGUGUGUGUCUAUAUAUAUAUAUAUACAGUAUAUAUAUAUAUAUAUAUACAUAUAUAUAUAUAUAUAUAUAUAUAUAUAUAUAUAUAUAUAUAUAUAUAUAUAUAUAUAUAAGCUAUUAUCUUGUUUGAUGCUGUGUUCUAAAAAAACGGAAGAUUACAGCCAACAUAAGUAAGAGGUUUGUGUCAUUCUAAAUAUAAUUAUAUCACACAUUUAUAGUAAGAGAACAGGGAAUGUUGUACUAGAAACUGAGGAAGACAAGCAUUUCAGCUAAUACCUCAGUACUACUGAGGUAAAACUGUAAGAAAGUCAACAAAUACUGUCGUCCAUUAUCUUCCUGUACACAUUCUUACAGUCAUGACAUUCACACCUUAUUCUCACUGGGAGGACCUAAAUAACCAAAUGUAAAGAAUUCCUACGAAUAGCUGCAUUCAUAACACUGAUAAAGGCAUGAGUUUCAGAUACCUAUUAGCAGUAAUAGUGCUAUUAUUGUCUGUGAAACCAGCCGAUUGUGUUUGUCAGACCAUCAACCAACCUGAACCACUAAUCCACACUUUAGAAUGUGAAUCCAGAGCAGGAUCUGUCAAAAAAUAUAUAAAUAACCUUCUCUGUGACUUCCAGAUACUAACAACAUCUUAAAAUGGUGGCUGUUUUGAACGUUCUUAGAAUUCUCUAUUCUCUAUUUUCUGAACACAUAUUGACAUCUUACAUCAAACUUGCACCCAAUCUAAAACGCUCAAUCAUACAAUCUUCAGUAAUACUAAAAGAAACAAAACCAUUGUCGAUGUUAUAAUCCACCAAUGUUUUUGUGGUGUGGUUAAACCCAUUUUCAUUUUGGUGGUACCCAGUUUGGGACUAGAAAGGUUUAAUACUGUAAGCGAUCAACUGCAGAGCUUAAAAUGCCGUUCUGUACCUGUCUUGCUAGGACUUGGUAAUGCAAUUACCAAUGCAUUGGUCUUAAUCUGCAAAAGUAUUUAUUUCUAUUGUAAGCAGCACUGUAUUGUACAAUUAAAGUAUUACAUAUACAAGUAAAGAUUUUGGUAACAUUUAAGUGGCAUUUAUUACAAUGUGUUUGCACUAAAAAUAGAUUUUCAAACUUUUGUGCUGGAGCCCCCAUUUUCCAUCAAAACUGUGUUAAUAUCUAGAGAAUACAUUGAUUAAUAUCUAGAGAAUACAUUGAUUAAUAUCUAGAGAAUACAUUGAUGCUGCUGUUCUUUGUUGAUUUAUAAACUGGGAGGGGGCACAGAUAGUGGUUACUAUAGAAUUGCUCUGAUGACGUAUAAUAUUGUAAAUAUACUGAUAUUAAUAUUGUACCUUAAUAAAUAUUAACUCAUUUCUGAACUUCAAAAUACAUUUUCAGACAGCCAGUAACAAACGUUUUAACCCAUAUAUUAAAUCAGUGCUAAAAAGCUGUCACACCCCACACCCAGUUUAAAAAAUGUUUCAUUUUUACAAUUGUAAAUACAUUUAACAUUAAACUCAAACGUUA